CGUAUACACAGAAACCAAAUAAAAACUUAGUUCUUCAAUACAAAUUUUAUAUCAGUGUUAUGUGUUAGUUAGUGUACAACAAUGUUUGAAUAUAAAUACUUAAGUGAAUCGCAUUUGAAAGGGUUUAGGAGCUAUAAGUACAGCGCUAUAGACACCAGCCCGCUCAGCAAAUAUGUGAUGCAUCCCGUAUGGAAUAACGCUGUCAAGAUCAUACCAAAAUGGAUAGCGCCAAAUUUGCUCACAUUCGCCGGGUUCAUAUGUAUGUUGGUCGACGUAAUGUUGCUAAUGGUGCUUGACUAUGACUGUACAGCCUCAGCUAACGGCAGUCCCGCUCAAAUACCGCGGGAAGUAUUUCUGCUGUGUGGGAUACUCCUGUUCCUAGCGUAUAAUUUAGAUGGUAUUGAUGGCAAGCAAGCAAGGAGGUUGGGAGUGACCGGACCCCUCGGUGAGAUGUUCGACCAUGGCUUGGACUCCUAUAUAGUAUUCCUCAUUCCAUUCUGUUUGUUCUCUGUGUUUGGGAGAGAUGAAUACUCGAUACCAAUGUUCAGGGGAUAUCUCAUAGUUGUAAGCGUGGUACUGAACUUCUACGUGAGUCACUGGGAGAAGUACAAUACAGGGACACUCUAUCUACCAUGGGGAUAUGAUCUCAGCAUGUGGGCUGCAAGUGGUAUGUUCCUAGUAGCAGGCUGGUACGGUCCCACGGUGUACAAAACAUAUAUCUUCGGGAGUGUAACCUUCGUUCAGGGUCUGGAGGUCGCCAUACACGCCACGGGACUGUUCACAACUCUACCUGUGGCUGUAUACAACGUGCAUUUGUCAUAUAAGAACAAAACUGGGAAGAUGUACCCUCUCAUAGAAGCACUCAGACCUAUAUGGCCAAUGCUUAUAAUGACUGGAGCUAUGACAUCAUGGGCGUCAUUUUUCGAUAUCAUAGAAAAGGACCUGCGGGCGUUUUUACUUCUAUUUGGGACUUUAUUUAGUAAUAUAUCGAGUAGGCUUAUUGUAGCAGAAAUGAGCGAUAGUCGAUGUGAUACAAUAUGCUGGAUCAACAUCCCCAUACUGGGGGCAGUAGGAACUGCAGUCUACCUGCCGCAGUAUGAACUUACUGUGCUCUACACGAUGACAAUAGCCGCUAUCUGUGCUCAUGUGCAUUAUGGAGUUUGUGUUGUGCGGCAAAUGUGUGAAUAUUUCAAAAUCCAAUGUUUUGUUGUUCCUAAAGAAAAAAGAAAAUAGUUAAGUAGAUUAAUUAAAAUACAUUUUACUU